AUGGAUAUUAUUCAAAAAAGAUCUAAAGAUGUUCGUAUAGAUCAAGAUGUUGAUUUUAGUACUUUGAUUCAAAAUCCUUUGAUUUUAAAAGGUUUAUCAGCUUCAGGAUAUGCUAGACCUUCUCCUAUUCAACUACAAGCUAUUCCUUUAGGUCGUCUUGGUGUUGAUAUGAUUGCUCAAGCAAAAUCAGGUACUGGUAAAACUGUGGUAUUUGCUGUCAUUGCUCUUGAAGCCAUUCAACUCUCUAUUACUUCACCUCAGGCUUUGAUCAUUGCUCCCACACGCGAAAUAGCUAUACAAAUCAAAGAUGUAGUUCAACAUUUAGGUCAAUACAUACCACAAUUCAAUUGUGAAGCUUUGAUUGGUGGUUUAUCAGUACAAGGUGAUAUAAAAAGAUUACAACAUUGUCAAGUCGUGGUUGGUACUCCUGGACGUUUAAUGGCUUUAUUGGAAUCAAAGAAACUAUCUACAAAAACAAUCAAGUUACUAGUCAUGGAUGAAGCCGAUAAAUUGAUGUCUGAUACCUUCCGACAACAAAUUAAAUACAUAUAUCAAAAAUUGAGUAUCAACAAACAAGUGGUUGCUUUCUCUGCUACUUUUACGGACGAACUUUUGGCAUCUCUGAAUGACUUUGUUAAGGAACCUCAUAUUGUAAAACUGACUCAUGAUUUACCGACGCUCGAAGAUUCAAAUACAAAUGAUUUUUACCAAACCAUACAGAUCUACAAGGACAAAUUUGAAACUACAGCCGAACUAUUAUCCAAGGUGGACUUUUAUCAAUGUAUGAUAUUUGUCAACAGUUUCCCAAGGGCUGCAGAAUUGGCAACAUGGCUUACAGAUAUGGGAUGGCGAUCAGGUCAUAUCUGUGCAGGAUUAUCACAAGAGAAACGGAUUAGUGUGAUGGAAGACAUGCGACAGUUCAAACUUCGGGUGCUUGUAUGCAGUGAUUUGAUAGCUCGUGGAAUCGACAUUGAUAGAGUCAAUUUAGUCAUCAACAUUGAUUAUCCUCAAAACAUAGAAACAUAUCUUCAUCGUGUCGGUCGAACAGGUCGUUAUGGAACAUCGGGAAUUGCGAUCAAUUUGGUGGCCACUGAAGAAGAUCAAAACUUUUUGAAAUCUUUACAAAAAAAAAAUGUAUCCAUUCCGCCCUUACCAGGUAUUUAUCACACAUGGAUUAUAAAAAGUAAAUGA